AUGAACAUCGACAUCGAUGACAUCCUAGCAGACUUAGACAGAGACACGACGGCUGUAGACCAGACUCUCACGUCGCAGGGUCAAAACGACACAACCGUAUUUGGGAGCGAUGUGCCGGGGAGCGACAAAGCGGGCGGGGCCGCAGUCUCGCCUGUGCGAGACUUUGAAGCGCUGAUGACACACUGGAGAAACGAGCGGCUGAGUCCGGAACUCCUGCCGUACCCGCACGCGCUCAUGGCCCGCAUGCUGCGCCGUGUGCAAGAGCAGCUGGAACACAUAGAAUGCAUUUCGAUGGGAUACCUGGAGACCCUUGGCGAGGAAGAUAACGACGCGGCUGGCGACAGCGGGAGCAACAGCAAUGUGCUCAACAAACUGCCGCUGCUGUGCAUGGAGGCGGACCUAGAAAGGCUCAAGUUUGUGCUGCGCAGCUACGUGCGCUGCCGUCUCGCGAAGGUAGACAAGUAUAGCUUGUACCUGCGACAACUGGCGCAGGAUAACGAGCGCAUGGUUCCGCUUAGUGGCCUACUCUCGCGGCAGGAGCUGGAGUACCAUGAGCGGCACUCAGCGAUCCUUCUCAAACUGCUCAACAACACCAUUCUGCGUCACAUGCCGCCCGAGCUGCAGGCCGUGGACGACAACGAGGGUAGCGUAAAGAUGGUCGAGGAACCCGAAUGGGACCGCUUCGUUUUCGUCUACGUUCGCGGGCCCAGUUCCCCACGGGACCCUGACCCGGCGCUCGAGGUCGGCCCGGACGGCCAGUGCUUUUACAACGUUAUGAUCCAAGGACUGCGCGAAGAGGUCGAACUCACGGUCGGCGGUAUCUACGUGAUGCGCUACAACGUCGUCAGGGAGCUCAUAAUGGAAGGCAAAGUCGAGCUGAUAUGA